AUGGCUCUUCAUCAAUUCGACUACAUCUUUGCCAUCGGCAUGAUGUUUGCCUUCCUGGACGCCUGGAAUAUCGGUGCCAACGAUGUCGCCAACUCCUUCGCUACAUCGGUCUCUUCCCGUGCCUUGACCUACCCGCAAGCCAUGAUUAUCGCCGCAAUUUGUGAGUUUUUAGGUGCCACCCUCGCUGGUGCUCGUGUCUCCGAUACCAUUAGAAACAAAAUUAUCGAUGUCGCUCUCUUUGACAAUGCUCCUGCUGGCCUCAUGCUUACUAUGGCCUGUGCUCUCGUUGGAUCUUCUCUCUGGCUUACCCUUGCUACCAAGCUUGGUGCUCCCGUCUCCACUACCCACUCAAUUGUCGGCGGUAUUAUUGGUGCCGGUAUUGCUGCCGUUGGUGCUAAUAAUAUUCACUGGGGUUGGAACGGUUUCGCCAAGAUUGUUGCUUCUUGGUUCAUUGCUCCAAUGAUUUCUGGUGGUUUUGCUGCCGUUACUUUCCUUAUUACAAAGUACCUUAUUCUCGAACGCAAGAACUCUCUCAAGCGUGCUCUUUUCGCUAUUCCCUUUUACUGUGCCCUUACUGCUGGUGUUCUUAUCAUGGUUAUUGUUUGGAAGGGUGCUCCUAAUCUUAAGCUUGACAAUCUCUCUGAUGGCCAAGUUCUCGGUGCUAUCUUUGGUGGUGCCGGUGGUGCCAUUCUUCUUUAUGCCAUCUUUUGGUAUCCUUACCUUUACAGAAAGCUUGUUCUUGAAGACUGGACUCUUAAGACUUACCAUGUUUUCCUUGGUCCUCUUCUUUGGAAACGUGGUGAAGUUCCUCCUAUCCCUGAAGGCCACAAGGUUCAGAUUGUUAUUGACUACUACGAGGGUAACAGAACUCGCGAAGAAUAUGAAAAUGCUAUUGACAGCGGUCUUGCCGGUGUUGAUCCUAAAUUGAUUGAAACCCGCUCUGAAUCUCAUGACUCCGAUGACCUUGAAACCAAGGGUGCUAUUUCUACUUCAAUUGAGGGUGUUGAAACCAAUCCUACUGAGAAGCCCAUCCGCUUUGACAUGAUCCGCAAGGAAAACUUCAUGAUCAUGGUUAAGACUCCCAAGUAUUGGCCUCGUUUGGUUUGGCUCGCCCUCACUAAUGGUGUUCGUCAGGAUGUCGUUAACCACCAGCGUAAUGAUACUUCCUUCCUUGGUAAGAAUGUCCAGGACAUGCAUGCUCGUGCUAAGAAAUAUGACAACAAGACUGAGCAUCUUUUCUCUCUUCUCCAAGGUCUUACUGCCGGUACUGCUUCUUUUGCCCACGGUGCCAACGAUAUUUCCAACGCUGCUGGUCCUCUUUCUACUAUCUACCUUGUUUGGUCUACCAAUACUUCUGGUAGAAAGGCUGAAGUCCCUGUUUGGGUCUUGUGUUACACUGCUGCUGCCCUUUGUAUCGGUCUCUGGACUUAUGGUUACAACCUUAUGAGAAACUUGGGUAACAAGCUUACUCUCCAGUCUCCUUCCCGUGGUUUCAACAUGGAACUCGGUGCUGCCAUUACUGUCGUCUUUGCUACUCGUCUUUCUCUUCCCGUUUCUACCACCCAAUGCUUAGUCGGUGCCGUUGUCUUUGUUGGUCUGUGCAAUGGUGAUGUCAAGGCUGUCAACUGGCGCAUGGUUGCCUGGUCCUACAUGGGCUGGUUCCUUACUGUUCCUUGCGCUGGUCUUAUUGCCGGUAUCAUCAUGGGCAUCAUUUGCAACGCUCCUAAGGUUGGUGUUGUUUACGAAAUGUCUUAA